UUACGGCGCGCGACGGUCUCCGCAUGAAGUUCAUGCAGGCUGUUGUCAGGUUCACUUUCGGGGUCUUGUCGUCGGAGGAGGCAGCGCGCGGGAUGAGGGAGACCUCCCCGUCCCGCGGCGGCGGCGGCUCUUAACCCCUGGGAUUCCGCGGAGAGCUUUCCCCGCGCCGCGCUCCGAGAGGGAUGGGCUGCAAGGGGAGCAAAAUGGGCUGCUGCGAAUCGGGAAGAAAGAAAAAGGUCAAAAUUCAGCAUGAAAGAGGACAGGCAUCCUGUGAACUAAAGGCACUGAAGACAGAAAAUGAAGUCUGUUUACACGAGGAAACCGAGAAAGGGAAGGCAGAGCUGCUGGAGAAACAGAGAAAUGAGAUCAAAAGGCUCCAACAACAACACCAGGAGGAGAAAGUGUGUCUGGAGGAAGCUCACCGCGUUGAAACUGAGAAACUUAGCCAAGACAUUAAAAUCCAGGUAGAAAAGGAGAAGGAUUUACAAUGCAAGCAACAACUCUCUGAGCAGCAUGACUUCCUGAAAAAAGAACAGGAAGAGAGACUCCGAGAACUCCAGAAAGCACAUGACGAAGAGAAAGUGCUCCUGACCGAAUCCUACCAAAAGUCCCAGUCAUCUUUGCAGGAGACAGUAGACAGAUUGAGUUCCCAGAUGAAGUCCUUCCAAGAGAAAAUGAAACGGGUGGAAGAGUCGAUCCUGAGCAGAGAUUAUAAGAAACACAUCCAGGAUUAUGGGAGCCCCAGCCAGUUCUGGGAACAGGAACUAGAGAGUCUACAUUUUGUCAUUGAGAUGAAGAACGAACGCAUUCACAACUUGGACAAAAAGCUACUCAACCUGGAAACAGUGAUGGAGAGAAAUUUGUUGCUCGAGGAGAAAGUUAAAACCCUUCAACAGGAGAAUGAAGAUCUCCAAGUUCGGAUGCAGAACCACAUGGCAGUGACAAGGCAACUGUCUGACGAGCUCCUCACUCUCCGCGAGUCCCUGGAGAAGGAGUCGCAGCUGCGAGCGCAAGCUCACCGGGAGAAGGAAGAGCUGCUCUACCGAGUGCUGAAUGGCGACUCUCCCCAUCCGUUCCCUAUCUCCACGGAGGCAACACUCAUCGCUACGUAGCAUUCGGAUAGGCCAGAAAGACUGGGGUGGGGCAGGGAGGGGAGAGGUGGCUCCUUCCUUUUGUUCUAGGCCUCUCUAUUGUCGACUAGACCUAGAACUCUCAUGCUGAGUGGCACUCGGGUGCAAGGAAGGUUCCGGAGGUUCUGUGUGCUUUGAUUUUCUCCCAUAGGUGGCCUCACUGUUUUGUGGCACUUGAAGAGGUUGAACUGGCCUGCCUUAGGAAUGGGGGGUAUUCCGCAUCCCCCCCCCUCUCUCUCACACACACAAAAGAGGUCAGCUUUAAUGCUAGCUGUUUCUGUGUAUGCCACUAAGCACUAACUAAGGGUCUUGCCCUACCCCACCCCUCAGGGAGGUAGCAAGACUUGCUACCUCAUAUAUAUUAGGCAAUGGUGGAAAUGGCGGAGAUACGGUGGGAAUCCGAGUAACCCAUAAUUUAAGAUUUCAGUAGCUAAAGCUGUAGGUGAGAAGAAGCCAUAGGAUAGAAGAGAGGCAAUGGAAGUUUGAAGGUGCAGGCCCAGAUCUGAACGCCCUUUCAUCUGCCAGGUUUUGCAGGAAGCAGAGUUCACAUGCUUGUUCUGAGCGGGAGGAGGCAGACCGCACCCCAAACAUGCAUUUUGAUUCCUAAAUGCAAAACUUUGGAGAACGCAGGCAAAAUUAUGGAUACAAACUUUUGUGGCUGAGGUGCAUUCUAGAUGUUCACCCAGCCACAAAGGAGCUACUUAUCCACCACAAUCAGCUCCUGUGUUGCUGGGAAAGCUUUGUCUCUCCAGAAAAUGACUGCUGUGUCAUUUUCUCUGCUUCAUGACUAUAAUCUUUUUUACAUCCCUUCCUCCACGAUGUGUUCGAUCCCUGCCCACAUGGCUGUCAUCAUUUCCGUGCUGAAACUGCUGCAUCAGAUAAGCAGCUGGGAGAGAAUUGAACAGGCACCUUGCGCUUGGUUCCUUUCAAAAACAAUUCUUCUUUUUUUCAAUAGAAGGUAUUUUUUUGCCUGCUUUUAUGAGUUCUUUGUCAGUUUAGAAAACAACAGAUUGGAAACGGCCUUAAAAUUGCAAGCCUUUGGAAACCAAGGGAGUUUUCCUUCUUCUUUUUCUUUUUUAAAAAAGCGAUUUAGCUUCUUGAGAAGCUGGAACGGAAGAUGGUGCCCUCCACUGGCUGUGAUGAAGCAGUGCUAGUAGUUGCAGAGAAACAAAGUUGCUCCAGGCUGGAGAAACUAGACUAAAUAGAUAGCAGGCGCACGUAAUGGUGUUUAUGGGUUUGUUUGUUUUUUUAAAAAAAAAGAUGAUUUGAACUGAGACAAAGGGUGUGUAAAAUGUCUUGAUUCUAAUCAAGAAGCAUUUUAUACUUCCCUGCGUGGAAACGGUGGUUAGUACUGUGUAUGUGAAUAUAGCAUGUAGUGCAAAAACGGUGGCUCAUCGCAGUAGCGACGCUCAGGAAAAAUCAGUGAACCGCUGGUUGUUGCCUUGAGAGAACACCACACAGAUCUCCGCAACGGUGUGGGCCACCCAGCUGAACGCAGCCCCACCAGCUGUGCAUGGUAGUCAGCCAGGUGUUUCCCACAGACACAUGCACACACCCAUUUUUGAAGUACCUGAUAGACGACAAAACUAGGAGAUUGUUCACAGCCGGUGGGCUGCGUCACAGUCAGUGGGCUGCCAGCUGUGGAGGCCUAGCGCAAAGGUGCGGGUUCCGCUUCUGCAGCAUGGCUUGGAGACAGUGACAUUUGUUUGCUAACAUGUUCAGUUCCUGAAAUAAUAAUUUGGGCAACCAACAAUUGGAUCCCUCCCAACCCUCAGUCUUGGCAAACCUUUAUUUGUCAUUCCUCACGUAUAACGCAUCUCUGUCUGCAGCAGUGAAAUGGUUUUAUCUUGGAGAAACACAGCUAGCUUGUAAUAACGCUAUAUCUAAUUGAGGCUUUCCACAAAAUUUCGGUAUGGCAUCAGUUGGAAAAUCUGUCACUUCUGUAGGGCAGAGUGAUGAUAAGUGAGAGCGAGCAACUCUUAACUAGUGAUCACAGUAAAUAUCACAUAUGUGUGUGUUGCUGAAAACCUCUCACCGCUUAUUAUUAUUUUAAAGUGAUUUUCUCUCUCUUUUUGCAUUUAUUAUGUAAGUUAUGAAGCAAAUUCUGUGUGGAUUUUAGGGAAUUGGCAGAGGGGGUGGAAAUAAUCGAAGUGACCGAGUUUCUGGUACUGUAGUUCAUGCCGGCACUUUUCUGAUCUGGCCUUAGUGCUGCUAAAGGGAUUCUGAGGCAGGGGAGGGCUAUUGUGUCAGUGGAAAAGCACAUGCAUGCAGAAGGUCUCAGAUUCAAUCCCAGUUUCCAGGUAAAGGUAGUCAGAAUGG